UACUGUGCCCCCACCCACAACAACACCAUCACACACACAGCGACAUUGACGAACGCGUCGAGAUUAUUAUUGUUGUUGUUAUUAUUUGUGCAGCGCGCUCGCGCCUGUGUUUGUGUUAAGAACGAAAUGACGCCGGUAGUGACGUUGCUUGGCGGCUGCAGCGGCCGCUGGGAGCGAGUGGCGCUGCUGCUGCUGUUGUUGACGGCAAAGCCGCCGCCGUUAGUAAGCGGCGGCUUUUGUUGUCGGCGUUUUGACAGUCGCGAGUUGUUUGUUGUUUGUUGCUGUUGUUUAUUUAUUAUUUGUCCGCGACGCCAUGGCGGCGGUGAUCCCUGGGCCCGGCACCGGCGGCCGAGACGAAGCGAGGACCGAGGCCGGGGCGCGCCUCGGGGACCCCCGGGUCAACGAGGAGGUGUGGAACCUGCAGCAGAUGAUCAAGUUGACGCAGGAACACCUGACGGCGCUGCUGGAACGUUUCGGAGGCGAACACAACCCUCCCUCCAUCUACCUGGAGGCGUACGAGGAGUACACGCACAAGCUGGACGCCCUGCAGGCUCGCGAGCAGGAACUUCUGGGCGCCGACGGCAAGGGGUCGGCGCCCCCGCCGCAUCCCCGGCAACCGUCGCGCAAGCCCCCCGCGGCUACGCCGGGGCCCCCCGUCCACGUCGUGCCCUGCCCCCGCCCGCCGUGCCCCCCGAGCGACAAGCAGCGCUGCCGAUCGCCGGUGUUCGCCGACGGCGCUCGCUGCGGCGCCGCCUUCUCCCCCGCUGGACCGGCGGCCGAGGCGGCGCCGGGGGAGCAGGCGCAGGCGGUGGAGGCGACAACGCCGCAGUCGCCGCUGAGCCGCACGGUGCGCGUGCACCUGCCCAACAAGCAGCGCACCGUGGUCACAGCAAGGGCUGGGAUGACCGUCAUGGAUUGCCUGGCCAAAGCGCUGCACAUCCGUGGACUCUUUCCGAAGUGUUGUGCCGUCUUCCGCCUGCAAGACGGCCAAAAGUCGGCAGUGGACUGGAGUACGGACAUGGCCUGGCUGUCGGGCGAGGAGCUGUCUGUGGAGGUCCUCAAGCACCUGCCGCUCUCCACACACAACUUUGUCCGCCGGACAGACCUGAUGCUGGCGUUCUGCGACAUUUGCCGCAAGCUCCUGUUCCAGGGAUUCCGUUGCCAGGAGUGCGGCAUGCGCUUCCACCAGCGUUGCAGCACCGACGUGCCCAUGAUGUGCAUCAGCUUAGACGGAAUCAACCCGUGGUGGCAACCACCAUUGCCCGCGCGACCCCCGACCCGGACGCACCACUCGGAGGCGGACAGCUCGACCCCCCGCCGGGCGUUGGUUCACCCCCCCCGGCCGCGAUCCACGUCCGCUCCCAACGUCCAUACGGGCGUAGUGGGGCCAGUGACGGCCAACCUCGUUCAGGACAUGAUGCGUGAUUGCAGGCAUCACGAAGGCACGAGUGUGGGUCUGACAGCCACCUUCCCCAUGGACCUCCCCGGGUCUCGCGUCGCUUCUCCCGGGCCCUCCCGUCCAGCCUCGCUCACAGACGAUCGCAUACACAUGCGUCCCCUGAAGAGGAGAGACUCGUGUGAUGACUGGGAGAUCCCAGAGGGGCAGAUCGCAUUCGGACAGCGGAUUGGCUCGGGCUCCUUUGGAACCGUCUACAAGGGCAAGUGGCACGGAGACGUUGCUGUGAAGGUGCUGAACGUGACCGAUCCAACGCCGCAGCAGCUGCAGGCGUUCAAGAACGAGGUCGGGGUGCUGAGGAAGACUCGGCACGUGAACAUCCUGCUGUUCAUGGGCUACACGAUGCAGCCGCGCCUCGCCAUCGUCACGCAGUGGUGCGAGGGCUCCAGCCUCUACCGCCACCUGCACGUGCUCGACACCAGGCUGCCCGUGCUGCAGCUCAUAGACAUCGCGCGCCAGACCGCGCAGGGCAUGGACUACCUGCAUGCCAAGUCCAUCAUCCACAGAGACCUCAAGUCCAACAACAUCUUCCUCCACGAUGACCUCACGGUGAAGGUCGGAGACUUCGGUCUGGCCACGGUGAAGACUCGGUGGAGCGGCUCCCACCAACUCACACAGCCAUCCGGAUCCAUCCUGUGGAUGGCCCCGGAGGUGAUCCGCAUGGAGGAGGAGAACCCGUACACGUUCGAGUCGGACGUCUACGCGUUUGGGGUCGUGCUCUUCGAGCUCAUGUCCGGCCAGCUGCCGUACUGCCACAUCAACAACCGAGACCAGAUCAUCUUCAUGGUGGGCCGAGGCUACUUGAGCCCUGACCUCACCAAAGUCCGGAGCAACUGUCCGAGGGACAUGAGGCGUCUCAUGGCCGACUGCCUCAAAGCACAUCACACCGACCGGCUGCUCUUCCCGCAGAUCCUGGCGUCGAUAGAGAAGCUGGCGCAUUCACUGCCCAAGAUCCACCGCAGCACGUCGGAGCCGUCGGUGGCGCGCGCCGGCCUGCACGCCGACGAGCUGGCGCUCUGCCUGCCCUCGCCCAAGACGCCGCUCCACCCGGCCGCGUACAGCGGCUUCACCUGGCUCUCGCCCAACACCACCGUGUGGUAGGGCCGGCCCGGUGCCUAACGCCGGCAGCGUGGUGCGGCCGAUGCCCCCGCCGUCCAACGCCGCUAACCGCCGCCGCCGCCGCCGUGUUGGCGAGGCCCGGCCAAGCGUCCCCACCGGGUACGGCGCAGUGGGGCCGGCGUGCCGCGCGACACUCCCAACGUCGCCCGCCGACGCCGCCGCCGUGUGGUAGGGCCGACCUCCCGUUUGACACCGGCCCCACCGUGUCGGUGGGGCCGGCACAGGGGGCACGGCAGCGCCCAAUGCCAGGGCGGAGAGACUUGGUGGGGGUGGGGUGGGGGCGGGGGGGCACGGGCCCCGACACAGCCUCGUGGCAGGGACGGGAAAGAACGCGGCGCUCGGUAGCAUCGUGUGGCAAGAAGGGGCGGCAGCAGCAGCCAGCGCGACCGUCUCGUUGCUGGUGGGGCUGGGUCGGGGGCAGCGCUGCACGCAUCGUGGAACGUCCAGCACAGCCGUGGCGGCGGCGGUGGAGGUGGCGGUGAGGGUGGCGGUGGGGGUGGCGGUAGCGGUGGCAUUUGAAGUGACUUGACAGCCAGCCACCACCGCACGCGCGCGCACUGCACCGCCCGCCUCGUCCGCGUUACUCCGUGGCAUCGUGAAGGCGUGUGUGACAGCCCGGCGCGAGUCCCGUGGGGGCAAACCGGGGUGUGGACCGGAGCGAGGACGGGAGUGUACUACAAGUGUCUGCCGGAGCGUGUGAACUCCCUAAGGGUGGGACGGCAGGAGCCGACCCGGAGCGUGGUCCGGAGUGGCGGAAGUUUGGACCGGAGUGUGGCGUGGGACUGCAGCACUGACCAGAAAUACGGACCCGGAGCGUGGACCGGAGCACCGACGGUCGUGGGUUGUCAACCGUGUGGAUCAGAGAGUGCUUCCACCAAACGGCUUUGGCCCACCUGGCCAAACCGCACGCGACGGUGCCGCCCACGCCGAUGCCGCCGUCCGCACGUCCGUUUUCACCGCUACCGAUGGUCCGGACUUUGCGGGGCGUGGGGGAGGGGAUAAGGGCUUAAAGUUGGUGGGAGAGUUCGACCGAAGUCUCGAGGUUUUAGUGGUCGGAGGGACAGCGUUGACGUUCGUUUGAGGAUGGUGCUGAUUAUUUGAUUGUCGCGGUGUGAUUUACACUGCCUCCUUACUGUUGUGCGUCGACGGUGAAGGUUGUUUUGUGUCCGCGUGUUUGCACGUGUGUGUUCAUAGUAUUAUUAUUGUUGUUGUUGUCGUUACCCUACCUGCUCCAUCGGCCAAGUGCUGCCUCAACCAACCCUCAAGGAGGAGAACCUUCCCCGCCCCCCACACCCCCCCCCACACCCCCCCCCCCCCCACACCUCUAUCCCCAAGGGAGGAGAGAGAGGGAGACACGGGGCCAGGUGUGGGUGGAGGCGCGUGAAGACAGGGAGCCACCGGGGGGAAGGGUGUAAGCCAGUAACUUGCAGCUCUCGUACCGUCGGCGUGGCGAGGGCGGUGGCGAGGGCGGUGGCGAGGGCGGCGACGCUUUGUCGCGACUCUCUCCGGUGUGACGCUCGCGGGCGGAGCGGCUGGGGGGCGGGGGGGGGCGGGGUGCCCGCCGAGCGUCGAUCGACGCGACGUCCGACGUUCCGCGCUCCACCUGCUGGGAGCUUCUUCGGGGCGAAUCGAAUUUGAUUUAAUUCGGUUCCUAACCGCUCGUGGCACAACCGCGAGAAACGUCGGCAAGACGGAUUCGGGAAUCCAUUCGCUUUCAUGACCCCCCUCCCCCCCCCCCCCCGUGUCUUUUUAAAUUUGUUUUUACCGCCUCGUUCCUAUUGUUGUUUGCCUUUUUUUUAUUACCAUCAUCCUAUCCCAUUUGCACAGUUACCCUCGCCGUCAGCCGAAAUCUAACAUUAGCGUGCAAUUUCCGUGUAACCUGUAUAAAUUGUAAAUAACCUUCUCGCCGAUUUGUAUCGGCACGAGUCGUUGUGUGCCUACUGCCCAAGCCCCAUGGCGUCCCAGACUCUCCCGACGACACGUCACGUGGGGGGACUCCGAAUGGCGCGCCCGGCCGAACGCGCCGCCGCCGUCUCGCGUCGCGUUCCCCCGGCGAUGUCACCGUGCCCGGCACGGCACGCUUUGCCCGUUGCCUGAUCGCGCGCACCAGAGCCGCUCCGUUGUUCCUGUUGGGUUGCACCCUGCGCUAAACACGCCGUCGGGCUGCGAGCGGCGGCGGCGGCGGCGGCGGCGGCGUCACCUGCCCGCCCGCCUGCCGCCGCCUGCCGCCGCUCCGCCUGCCGCCGUCACCCACGCCGCUCCGCUCGACUGCGCACGCCGGGGGUGGAGCGGGCGAGGAGGAGCGCCCCCCGUGUGCUCCCACCGACAGUUGCGGGCGGAGCGGUCGCUCGUGAGCGUGGAAUAAAAGCGGUUGCAUGGA